AUGGCUGCUGCUCUCAUUCUCUCUAUAAUUCUCGGUUUGAUUUGUCAAAUUAACGGUUUAGACACUGACCACUGGGGAACGUAUUUUGUGACGUCAUUCAUUCGACAUUCGCCAGGAGCUGAUUAUAUCAUUAUAAUAACGACAAGGGAAGUAAGUCGAGUGAAGAUUACUGAUCAUGGUUCUGGGUAUACCAACUUCGUCACUAUUGGAGCCAAUAAGAGCCACGCUGAAGUAUUUAACGACACUGUUAUACCUGUAUCUUCACUGGAAGUAAUAGAAUCAAUGGCUAUUUCAGUCGAAUCCUCAGUUAAAGUUUCAGUUUAUGGUUUCAGCAAUUUUUUGAGAUCAUCAGAUGGGUUUUUGGUUCUUCCAGUCGCCACUUUAGGAACUGAAUAUUUGGCUAUUAAUUACGACCAAGGCUUUCCACAGAUAUUGGUAGCUGCAGUAGAAAAUAAAACAAUAGUUGACAUUGAAAUGACUGUACCCAAUAUUUGUCUCUAUAACUCAACACCUCAAGUAUUUAAUAUUGGGGAGGUUUUCACUUUUACAAUGGACGAGUUCGACUUAAUUCCUGUCUACUGUGCACGUGACUGCACCGGUAUGAAAAUUACGGCAAAUAAACCAGUCGCAGUUUUAUCUGGAAACCUCUGCGUUAAAAUACCAGCAACGUCAGUUUGCGACCAUAUUGCAGAGAUGCUUACUCCGACGUCCGAGUUUGGUACUCUAUUUAUUAUCGUGUCUCCAAUUGGUCAAGAUCAUAUAAGUUUUUUCCGAGUUUUGGCCUUGGAGAAUGAAACGACUGUAUUUACAGGAAAUGCUAAUUUCACUAUUGAUGCUUAUAAACAUAUAACAUUCGGUGCUCCUACAGGUGUUAACCAAUGCUUAAACACCACCAAACCAGUUUUAGUAGCUCAAUAUAUGACUGGACGAACCGCCAUAACUCAAUCUGAGAAUUAUACUGGAGAUGGUUACAUGGUUUUGAUACCCCCAGUUGAUCGAUAUCCUACUAACUACGUCAUUGAUACGUCAUUUCUACACAAUGACGUCAUCAGUUACAUGGUAACCAUAUUUGAUUGGGAUGUUGAUAGUUGUCUCUAUGGUUACACUGUAAACGAGAUUAGUGGAAUACACACAAAUUCAACGAGAAAUUCUAUGGGCGUCAUCAUCUAUGGUGUUGAUUUUAGAGCAGGGUACGCCUAUCUUGCAGGCUUAAAAUUGACUUCUUUUUCAGGACAGGAGAAGUGUAAAAAGAAACCUUGUAAAAAUGGAGGCUGGUGUUUAGAAAUGAGUUUUGGAUAUAAAUGUAGAUGUUUUAAAGGUUUUACUGGAACCCAGUGUAACAUGACAGAUAUUUCUAACCAAGUUCAUUCUCAAGUCUAUAGUGAAGUACCAGACACAAUUGCUCUGAAAACAUUGACUGCUUCACCAACAUCAACUCUAGUAGCUGAUCAGCUGUCUGAUCUUACAAUGAAUCCGACUUCAUUUGUCUCUUCCACCUUAUCCCCCUUUAUCAGAGAAAGUGAAAGUGAUUCUUAUGAAUUGUCUAUUCCGAGCGAAGAAGACUAUACCACGGAAUCGCUAUUAAUAACGCAAUCAGAUCGGCCUUCUCAUGGUUCUGGUGAUUUAAAUGUAUUUGAAAAUUCUUUUACCACAGUCUUUAAGAUACCAGAAACAGAAAUUUUCGAAGCAUCAGAAAUAUGGAAUGAAGAGUCGUUGUCUAAACUGUUCCCUAAUGGUAUAGAAACCACCCAGUACUCCCCACCAAAGUCAAGUCAUUUGGAAAUUAUGUCAUCAUCAAUACCGCUUAUAGAACCAAGCACUUUUAUAGUUGAUAAAAACACCGUAUCUAAAACAUUCUAUCUGAAAAAUUCAGCUGUGAACCGGAAAGAAUCUGAGAAAGAUCUUGGAAUCGUGUCUGUUUUGUUUGUUAUUAUUAUAACAUCUGUAGUAAUUAUAUCAGAUAUCACCAGUUAUUUUCAGAAUGAAUAUUCUCAACUGAGAAAGUCUGGAUAG